AUGGAGUCCUGGAGCAAGGUGGCAAGCAGCACACUUGUCAUGUUCUUGGUUCUACAUCUGGGUCUGAUCCCCAUUAUGGCCCAGCAAGACAAACUACAGAUUGGGUUUGCAGGACAGGCAGUGACCUUGAACUGCGGAGACAUACCUCAUCAGACAGAUGUGACCUGGAAGUACAACAGAGUUCCUAUAAGGUUGUUUAGAAGUACAAAUUUGAAGGGCAAAGCCCCCAUGACUGAGCGAUCUGAAAUAGAGCCCAACAGUAAAUGUCUGAAGGUGUGGGACUUGAGACUCUCUGAUGCUGGCAACUACACUUGUGAAUAUGGCUCUCACACAGUCAGAAUCUCACUGCAUGUCUUCAACUUGACAAUCUCUUUAAAUGGGCACUUCCUGCCAAAUGAAGUCCCUGAGCUGAUUUUGAUGCAUAAUGCAUCCCCCCCUCUACCCCGUCUCGACAUCAGAGUGUUUAACAGUAACAAUAAUACAGUCUCCCCAGUCUCCCAAGACAAGAUCCAUCAACAAUACACACUGCGGCUGAUGCAACUGAAGGCUAUGGACAGCGGGACCUGGAGGUGUCAUGUCCAUUCAGACUCUCCAUUUAUUAAUCAGAGCAUCUCCUUUGAUAUAAAGGUGUUAGGUUUUCAGAAUCCAGACUUGGUAAGAAAGUAUGCAACUGUUGAUAGCUCUGUCACCUUGUCAUGGUGUCUGAACUUUCAGAAGAUAAAAUGGAAAGAAGGUUUCACAGGAAAACUGAACUUGAAACAAGAGGAAAAUGCGUCUGCUUAUGAGCUACUUGAUUUCAAUGUCACCGCACAGAAACAGCAUGAGACCAAAAAAAGUAGACACUUUCAGUUUGAGAUACCUGAAAGGAAACCUGAAAGCACCAUAGAAGUGAAACUCCCCAAAGUCCAUUUCAACCACUCUGGGCAGUAUGAAUGCCAGCUGGCAUACAAUGGAAGAUACACGCAGAGCAACAUAGAGCUGGUGGUGAUGAAAGUCUCAGCUAACCCUGCUGGGCCACUCACCAGAGGGGCUGAGAUGACCCUGAUCUGCCAGGUCUCUCGUCCACUCCCAUCCAACGCCCACCUGCGCUGGGAACGUGUGAAUGGGACUCAGAUGGACAUCAAGAAGUCAAAGCAGCAUGAAGCAAAGGUGGAGGUGAAAGUCAGUUCUGCAGGGCUGUGGAACUGUGACCUCAUAGAAGACAAUGACAAGAAGAUCAGCCUUCAUUACUCUGUGGAGGAAGCUCCCAUUUGGGUUAGAUAUUUGGCAACUGGAGUAACUAUUGGAGGCAGCAUGUUGGUGGUUGGCUUUGCAUGCCUGGGUGUCAUCAUUGGUAUAACAUGGCAGCGGAGAAGGCAACGAGCAAAACGUAUGGCACAAGCAAGACAAUACUUACGGGAAAACAAGAGAUGUCAGUGUCAACACCCAGCAUCCAGGCUCCCGACAUCUCGUGUGGUGCCUUCUUCCUCGCCAACAGGAGCCCGACACCCUCUCGUCCUGCAUCUCGUCUUCCCGGGGACAGCCCGGAUAGCCCCGCGGGGCAGGAGAGGUGCGGACGAGUGCCAAGACCCACUCCGGGAGCCGCGGGGCCCCCGGCACAGCUAG